AUGACCUACUCUGUUUCUGAUGCUUCUGUUAUCCUAAGGGUAAUGUUGGACUAUUCAGGACUAGUUAAGAAUCUAAUUUGGCAUGAAAAAGAUGGCAAAUGGAAUGAAUUCUGGUCGGUACCAAAAUCUCCGUGUGAUCCAUAUGGGCGUUGUGGUACCUAUGGAAUAUGUGAUCCUCACUUUUUUAGUCGAAGAUUUGAAUGUGAUUGUUUACCGGGGUAUGAACCCAAGUCCCCAAGUGAAUGGAAUAUUCUAAAAGAUGCAUCAGGCGGGUGUGUCAGGAAGCGACUAGAGUCUACCUCAUCAUGUGGCCAUGGAGACGGAUUUGUGAAAGUGGCAAAUGUUAAAGUACCUGACACUUCAGCAGCAGUUUGGGUGAGCACGAAUAUGAGUCCAAGGGACUGUGAAAAGAAUAUCAUGAGGAAUUGUUCAUGCUCUGCAUAUGCAAGCAUAGAUAUUGCUGAGAAGGAGACUGGCUGUUUGACAUGGUAUGGCAAAUUAAUGGACACUGUACAUAAUAGGGAAGAGGGAUAUGAUAUUUAUGUUCGUGUUGAUGCAAUUCAAAAGUCGUAG